CAGGCGGGCGGGGCGGUGCCAAGGCGAGAGUGCCUCGCGACACAGCCGUAAAGGCGCGUGGGAGCGCAGCAUGGCGCUGUACGCGACGGCGGCGACGGUGCUGGCGGCCGUGGAGGGCCGACGGGGCUCCAUCAAGGGGCUGGUGUACGCCAGCAGCUUCCAGAACGUCAAGCAGCUGUACGCGCUGGUGUGCGAGACGCAGCGCUACUCCGCCGUGCUGGACGCCGUGAUCGCCGGCGCCGGCCUCCUCCGCGCCGAGAAGAAGCUGCGGCCGCACCUGGCCAAGGUGCUCGUGUACGAGCUGCUGCUGGGGAAGGGCUUCAGAGGGGGCGGGGGCCGCUGGAGACCCUUGCUGGAGCGGCACCAGGCCAGGCUGAAGGCGGAGUUGGCGCGGCUCAAGGUUCAGCGCCGGGUGAGCCGCAACGAGGACCUGUUGCAAGUGGGAUCCAGGCCUGGCACGGCCUCGCAGGUGCCUCGGUUCGUGCGCGUGAACACCCUCAAGACCAGCCCUGAAGAUGCAGUAGAUUAUUUCAAGAGACAAGGUUUCUCCUACCAGGGUCGGGCUUCCAGCCUCGAGGACCUGCGGGCCCUCAAAGGGAAGUGCUUUCUCCUGGACCCCUUGUUGCCAGAGCUGCUGGUGUUCCCAGCCCAGACGGAUCUGCACAACCACCCCCUGUACCGGGCCGGUCACCUCAUCCUGCAGGACAAGGUGGGGCAGGUGGGCGGGAAGGGGGCGCGCGCGUGGGUCGGACGGCGCGGGGUCCCCGUGCGCCAGCGCCUCGCUCUGCCCCCCAGGCCAGCUGCCUUCCGGCCAUGCUGCUGGCCCCGCCCCCGGGCUCGCACGUCCUGGACGCCUGCGCUGCCCCAGGCAACAAGACCAGUCACUUGGCGGCUCUGCUCAGGAACCAGGGGAAGAUCUUUGCCUUUGACCGGGACGCCGCGCGGCUGGCGUCCAUGGCUACCUUGCUGGCCCGGGCUGGAGUCUCGUGCUGCGAGCUGGCGGAGGAGGACUUCCUGGCGGUCUCCCCCUCCGACCGGCGCUACCGUCAGGUCCAGUACAUCUUACUGGACCCUUCUUGUAGCGGCUCAGCAGGGACUUCCGCGCGAACCGAGGCCGUCUGCAGCUGACGCUCUGUCCUUAGGAAUGCCAGCCAGACCGCUGGAGGAGCCCGGGGCAGGCACCCCGAGCAAGGCGCGCCUGCAGGCCCUGGCCGGCUUCCAGCAGCGAGCACUGCGCCACGCGCUCAGCUUCCCCUCCCUGCAGCGCCUGGUCUACUCCACGUGCUCCCUGUGCCAGGAGGAGAACGAGGACGUGGUGUGGGACGCCCUCCAGCAGAACCCAGGGGCCUUCAGGCUAGCCCCCGUCCUCCCCUCCUGGCCCCACCGAGGCCUCAGCACUUUCCCAGGGGCUGAACACUGCCUCCGGGCCUCCCCUGAGACCACGCUCACUGGUGGCUUCUUUGUCGCUGUUCUGGAACGGGUCGAGGUGUCGAGCUCGGUCCCCGAGGCUGAAGCAGCAGUACCCGAACUCACGGCCGGCGCUGCCCGGCGGAGGAAGAGGAGACGGCGCCGGGCCUCGGCUCCGGGCACGCCGCAGGUCCGCGGAGCUGAGCCUGCUCCGGGGGGCAGUUAGAGCCCGGGCCUCCGCGCGGCUCAGCCCGCAGCCCUGCGUGACAGCUCCGUCCUUCCUACUGCCUGGUCACCGCUCUAGGAAGGAAAGCGGUAACCCUGGCUCUCCAGCGGGGACACAGUGGACUUCCUUGUCCUGGGGCCCCUCCCCGGGCCGCGUGCCUGCCGGGGAGGGAGUGCCGGCCGGACCGAGGAAAUAAAAGGCAGGACAUGGUCCACAAUAGA